GCUUGGAAAUGUGCCCAACUUGCCAACCUCGCCAACAGUCUCGGAUGUCCUUCCGGAAGUCGCGGGGUAGCUGCUUGCUAAGCCGCUCGGCGCCCUCAUUGAUUGUCGCAAUGGGACUAUCGGAUUGGUGCGCGAAGGCUUGAAGUGUUUCAGAAUAGUGUCCGGCAUGAAGGCAUCGCCGCCAAGCUGAUGGUUUUUGUUUGCCAUUACCAAGUAGCUUUCUUCGAUUCCAAAUUCAAGCGCUACCAGUGAACAAUGUCUCGUUCUUUCCUUCGUCGAUAUCUGUUGCCAAACAUGACUUCUCUGAAUCCAUGAUCUUGGUGUGGUAAGAUUUCCAGCUAGCAGCAGUGAUGUUACAGCAUCUUCCAUGCCUGUAAAGAAAGCCACCGCCAGGAGAAACAUUCUGAGUAAACAACACUAAUUACCACACUCAACAUAUUAGCUGCGUGGAAGAAAACCAUUUGUUAGGCUUUAUUCACCACCGGAAGCACCCUCCAAGAUGAAGUUGCAGAGCUUGCUCAGUGUUGCCAGCGCGGCACUACUGUACUGUUUGGGAUCAACCGAACCCACCGACGAUUGUUCCAAUAUCUUGCAACCGUCGUACUCAGCACCAGUUCUCGGCUCAGGUUGGAUUGCCCAGCUGGUGGCCACCGGGCUGACAAAGCCGCGAAGCAUCAUCUGGGAUAGCAAUGGUCACUUGCUGGUCGUUCAGCAAGGUGUAGGCAUCCAGAGACUAACUUUCAAUGACAAUGGUACAACAUGCUUGUCAGUCGCUGACAGCAGCAGUGUUAUCGAGCACUCUGAUCUCAACCAUGGCAUCACAUUCUCCAAUGACGGGAACACGUUGUUUGCUUCCAGUUCACAAGACGUCUAUGCUUGGACUUAUGACCCGAGCUCUGGUACUGUCAGCGGUAGCCCGCGCACGGUGGUUCAAAAUCUUGGUGGCACUGGACAUGUGACCAGAACCCUUCUCAUGACCUCGAAUAACCAGCUUCUUGUCUCGAGGGGUAGUGGCGAGAACGUUGACUACAGUGCGCAAGAUAUCUCUUCUGGAGUCUCCCAGAUCCGCGCGUUUGAUAUGACUAGUUUUCCUGACAGGCCGUUUGACUAUGCAUCGACUGGAACAAGACUUGGAUGGGGACUCAGGAACUCGGUCGGCAUUGCUGAAGAACCAACAACCGGUGGCAUCUUUAGCGUUGAAAACUCUGUCGAUCAGAUCGAGAGAAAUGGAAACGACAUUCACCAAGACAACCCAGGAGAAGAGAUGAACUAUCAUGGAUUUUUAAACGGGUCAACAGAGAACCAAGGCGGCAACUACGGCUAUCCUGACUGUUUCGCCCUCUGGGACACCAACAUUCCUGACCUCGGCUCUCUAGGAGUGGGCAGCCAGUUUCCGCAGAGCCAAAAUACGUCCCUCAAUGACACGACAUGUAGCGAUGAGCGUGUGUCACCGAGACUUACCUUUCAGGCUCACAUGGCACCACUUGAUAUUAUUUUCGCACCUGAUGGCAACACAGCUUAUGUCUCGUUCCAUGGUAGCUGGGACAGAGACAAUCCAGUUGGGUACAUGGUGGCAAGUAUCGCAUUCGCCAAUGGCCAGCCCGUCGAGGCCGCCAACUCAAACCAGUCCUUGAGGUAUAUCAUGUCAAACGCGGAUAACAGUGCUUGCCCCGAUGCAUGCUUCCGACCUGUGGGUCUGGCUCUUGAUUCUCAGGGACGUCUUUACAUGAGCUCCGACUCCACAGGCGAGAUUUACGUGCUUGCCCAAGCCGAAGUUACAACUGGUGGUGGUGGUGGUGGUGGUGGUGCGACGACUAGUGGUACACUUGUCACCCCUUCCGCUACUAAUAGCAACAACGCCGGUUCCUACGGUCAUACAUUGGGUGCAAGAGCAUACAUUGGAAGUGGGACAAGUUGUGGGUGGGGUAUCUUGUUGACAGUCCUGGCUUGCUCUGCCACUGGGUUCGGGUUACUCAUUACCUUCCCGCAUGUCUAGGCGCCUAUCCGGGAAGUACACAGACGACUUACAAGGCAGUUAUCUCUUUGAUGGAAGAGCAGGUAUAAUCACGCUAUCGAUCUCGACAUAACGACAUGGCUUAUCUAUUCACACUCCUGUAUCCACCCAGUAGAAAUUAUAUUCACGAAAAUGCUGCUUCA